UACAACGGUAGUGGCCAGCUCGUUCUCCGCAACGUUUGCGAUUGCCCAGCCAGCAGGCACUCUGCAACACUCACACUCUGCUGCAACAUAUUCACGCCCGUUUGUGUGCAAUUUGCUACAGCAAGACUUUCUAUUUUCCGUGCCACCAUUCCUACGCUCCAUUUUGGCGCAGCUCACACUACAGCCCCGGGAUCUGCGGAAAGUGAGCUCUUCAAAUGCGUCUUGCUAGUCCAACGCGUCUGACGUGACUUGGUGUGCGUCUGAUUGAGUUGCUGCACAUGUCAACCGACACGCAACAUUGCACCAAUGGAUUGGGACGCCUUCGAGCGCAGUGCAAGCCUGGCUAUCCUGGCCACCCUCAGCGAUGCUGGGUCGGUGUCCUGCUCCAUGACAAGGAGCCCGCACGGCAAGUCGAAGAGCUCGAUUUCACAUGGAUGAUGGGUCAUUCGUCGAGAAGAUCUGGCAGACUGGCCGAAGAAGAUUUGGCAGACUGGCCGAAGAAGAUACCAAGGCCAAGCUUGAAGACUUUGUGUGUGCGGUAGCAUGACGAGCGAGGAGUCUGCGGCAUCCUGGUUUCUGGCGCGGUGGGCGUUGCCGUGGCGUUUCUUUUGGAUAAGUAAGAGGGUGCGGUGGUGAGAGAAGAGUGUGGUGGUGUGAGAGGAGAGUGCGGU